AUGAAAAAACGAGAGGAGGAAGAGAGCUACAUUCGCAGGCGCAAUCUGACUGUUUUGCGAAACAAAAAAGAUCCGUUUUCAUACGAAGAGAACACAUUCAGGAAGUUCUUUCGAUUUCCCAAAUUUUUGUGCUGGGAUCUCAUUAAUCAACUCAAGCCGUAUGACCAACAGCAAACAUCGAUUCCAUUUGAACUUCGGGUAAUUUUUUUUUUAUAUUUUUUAAGCAAUGGCUCAUAUCAGUGUUGCGUGGGAAAUGCAUAUUUCGCGGUGAUGAGCCAACCAACCAUUUCCCGUUGUAUCGAAUAUAUUUGUAAAUUGGUGGUGGAGCGUAAACAAGAAGUGAGUUUUCCUAAUUCUGUUGAAGAAUAUAAUAGAAUUAAGACUGGAUUUUACUCGAAAUUUGGAAUAAAAGGUGUAAUUGGAGCAAUUGAUUGCAUUCAUGUUGGCAUAAUUGCACCUGCCUUGUCAAACACAGUUGUACCGCAUGAUUAUAUGAACAGAAAAGGUUAUUAUAGCAUUAAUGUUGAAGCGGUAUGUAUUAUAUUCAAUAACUAA